AUGAGUUCCUCUUCCGCAGACGCCUCGGCCCAUUUCCCCCCACCUGCACUGCGCGAUACCCUCAAUGAAGUGACCUCGCUCCUCCACUCUCGCAACCAAACCAUCGCCAUUGCCGAAACCGCAGCAGGAGGUCUACUUUCCUCAUCCAUCCUUUCCACUCCAGGAGCCUCUAAGAUCUACAAAGGUGGUUUGACACUCUACACCCUACCCUCACGAAUCGCCUACGCAGGCUGGAGCGACGAAAACAUCAAAGGCUACAAAGGACCUACUCCCGAGAUUGUCGCUGGACUAGCCAAACAUGUGCGAGGAGAACUUAAAGCUGAUUAUGUGAUUGCCGAGUCCGGGACUGCGGGGCCUACUGGUGGAGACACUAGAAACAGAACUCCGGGGUAUGUAGCUCUUGCUGUGGAUUGUGAGAAGGGGACUUUUACGAGAGAAGUAGAGACAGGAUUGGGAGGGGAUAGAGUGGGGAACAUGGUGAGGUUUGCAGAGGAAGGGUUGAAAUUGGUCAAGGAUGUUAUUAAUGGGGAUGCUAAGCUGUAA